CUGUCCAUCGGCUCCCCACUGGCGCCAGUGAGCUACAGGUCGCAGUCUGUGUUGCGGCCGCGCAAGAAAGUGAUAGCGCGCUAGGUGAACCUUAAGCCAGCCAGUGACGGGGACUGUUUACAAACAGGAUGCGAGGCGCGUUCCCUUUCGUCUCAAUGAGUGAACUGGGGGACUAUUUACUGCCGUCUCUCAUUCACUAGUCUCGCGCUAGGCAGGGAUUAUCCUGACUUCACGUAUCUCGGCAGGUCUCUGGUACAGAGCACGCUCGUAUUUUUCACACUCAAUAGUGGAAGGGACGUAAUUUAGAUAAUAGUAACUCGUACUAUAAUGUAGCAAGGUGUUUUCUCCCAGAGUUGUAAAGCAGUCUCUAUUUAUGCGUUAAUAGUUCUUUUAGUUGUGGACUGAGAGGCAGUUCAGUGUUCACAAAUAGGCGCGAAGCCGUGAAAGUCAUCGUAACCAUCCAUCCUCUUUUGCGUUGUUUCAGACUACUUUUCAUGUUACCCCGAGGGGACUGGGUGUUCGUGUUGUCCUCAUUAUUUCAUCAUCAUCAUUCGUGACAGUGGCUAGAUUGGACCGUGUAAAAAUUGGACUGUUCAAAACUUGGGACUUUGUACAGGCGCUGAUUAACGCGCAGUUCAACGCCCCACAAAUCAAACAUUUUACACAGAGACAAACACGAAAAUUACACACAUUCGUUUAGUCGCUCGUCUAUCGCUAGUAUCACAGCCACAGUCCUGAAAUAUUUCAGUGCACAGCUUAUAUUCAUUAUGGGAGCAGAUGCCGAAUUUGGUAGACCAGGCAUACAAGUACACACUUGCGGACAAUGCGUAAGACAGCAACAAGAUACCAUUGCGAAGAUGGAUAACCCGGGGUUCCAGAACGACGAGUGCGGCGCGAUGCCGCGGCUGGCGCGCUCUCCCAGCCUGUCGCCGAGCGAGUGCCGAGUGCACGCGCCCGCCCCCGCCGCCCCCGCCACUAUACCGGCGUCUGCGCCGCCGGCCGCCCCCGCGCGCGCUGGCCCCGGCUACCUGCGAUUCGGCGGCGGCGGAGCGCAGCCACAGGCGCCGAGCAGCCCAGCCUCCGCCCCCGCGCCGGUGACCGCCCCCAGCCCCCAGGGGCACGGCCUGCGAGAGCUGCUGGGCCGCCUCCAGCUGCCCGCCGCCGCCUCGCCGGACCCCAAGAAAGCGGCCGACGCGUCGCCGCUCUCCACCGUCAGCGCCAUCGUCGCCAAGACCUUCCCGCCGUCGCCGCUGCACAAGGCCGCCGCGCUGAUGUCGCAGCCGUCGCCGCGGCCGUCGAUGGACAACCGGCGCAACCUGCGGCGGUCCGGGCGCGGCGCGGGGGAUCCCCUGUCCGAGGCGCGCCUCAGCAAGCGGCGCGGGCCGCUGGGCGCCGCCUGGAAGCUGUCGUUCGCCGCGGGCGCCGGCAACCCGUUCCACCACCACCGCCACAACCAGCAGGCGCCGCACGCCGCCGGCUGGCGCAACGCGCUGCUCGGCGCCGCCGUCCUCAUCGCCGCCGCGCUCGCCUCCCUCGUCGUGGCCGGCGCCUGGCUCUACAUGUACACAGCACCCGCGAGCCAUACAUCAAUGGGGCCAGAGCGAGUUUUCGACGCCGGUGAGGGCGUGAGCGUGGUGGCGGGCGAGUUCAGGAUCACCAACGAGGAGUUCGUGCCGGAGCUGGCCGACCCGGGCUCGGACGACUUCUCGCAGCUCUCCAUGCAGAUCUGCCGCCAGCUGGACGAACUGUUCGGGCGCAGCGGGCUGUCUGGCCGGUACAACGGCUCUGCGGUGCCGGCUCUGGAGGCGGCACGGCCGUCGGGCGUGCGCGUGCGCUGCCGCCUGCUGCUGCUGUCCCCGGAGCCAGAGCCCGGGCUGGCCGGCGUAGAGUUCCUGCGCGGGCUCAGGCACCGCCGAGGGCGUAUGUGGCUCGGGGACUUCGCCAUCGACGUCCAGUCCAUCGGCUUCCAAGCGGAGAGCGACUCGGAGGACUCCCCGGAGACGACGACGGGCGGGGAGGCGCAGCGGCCGCCGGCGCCGCAGCCGCAGUGGUCGGCGUGGUCGGAGUGGAGCGAGUGCCCGCCAGCCAGCGCGCCGUCGCGCUCGCAGAGCCGCAGCCGGCUGUGCCUGUCGGCGGCGGGCGCGCCUCUGGAGGACAUCGAGCCCUGCCUGCUGGCCGGCGGCGGCGGAGACCUGGAGGCGCGAGACUGCCCGGGGCCGGGGGCGGGGGCGGGGCCCGGGGGCCGCGCCGUCAUGGCCGCCAGCGUCUUCGAGGAGCCGGCCCCGCCGCCCGACGAGGUCGUCGUCAUGGACCUGUCAGCUGGGAAUGAUGCUCGCCAUUGUGAUGAGUGUCGGCCAGGAGAGGUGUGCGUCGCCCUAGGCACGGAGACGCUGCCCCUAUGCAGAACACCCAGUGAUCCCUCGGACCCAACUGGUUGUGGUGGACUCUGUCAGCUGGGCACAGAGGUGUGCUACAAGUUGGACAUCGAUGCCUUCAGGUGCAUUGAUGAUUCUUUCUGCUUGCCCAGUGAAUGGCAGUGUGCAAAUCAACUGUGUAUUCCUGAAGUGAAGAGAUGUGAUGGUCAUAUGAAUUGUUAUGAUCACACAGAUGAAUAUGAUUGUGAAUGCAAUCUAGAGUCGAACUUUCAUUGUGGGAAUAGUACAUCCUGCCUUCCAACAAGGAAGAAGUGUGAUGGUGUAAUAGACUGCUGGGAUGGCUCUGAUGAGCUCAAUUGCACAAUAGCAUGCCCGAGUCCCCAGCAGUUUACAUGCACUGACGGUCAGUGCAUUCCCCGGUCACAAUUCUGUGAUGGUUAUGCAGACUGUUCUGACAAAUCAGAUGAGCCAUUUGGUUGUGGAGGGGAAUGCAAGAGCCAUGAGUGGGAAUGCAAUAAUGGACGAUGCAUUAUGAGGGAGGAGGUCUGUGAUGGAGAAGACACUUGUGGUGAUCUUUCAGAUGAGAAAGCUUGUCCACAGACAACUGAUGACCAAUCGUGAAACCGUAACUGUGAUUUUCUUUUCAAGUUAUCUUUUAGCCAUCAGAAAUAUUUUACAUCUUUUAGUUGUAAAUUGUGCUAUGACAACAGUUGUGAGAUCACCCUAUGCCAAAGAUGUAAUUUCAGAAAUACUUAAUGUGUAUUACUCUAUUUAAGGUUUGUGGUAAUUCUUGAACAAUAAAAUGAACAGUAUUACAUGUGAGACUAAGUAAAUACUCUGUGUAAUAUAAAAAUGAUGUACUUUAUCUUGUAUAGUAAGUUGUUUUUGUAAUUUUUUUAUAUUAAUGAGAUGUUGUUACAUGUUAAACCCACAGGGUAAAUUAUCAUUAUUUCUCUAAGAAUUCUAUACUUAUUCCUCAGUGUGUUCAUAAAUGAGAUGAAACUAUUUUACUUAAUAUAAAUGUGUUAUUGUAAUAAUUUUAAAGCAUAAAAAUGUACAUAUGUAAAGUAAUAUAUAAAUGUAUUUAUAUGUAAAUUUAAUAUAUUUUCAGCACAGGUUUACGAAACUUCCUAAACAUAUCACAAAUUAUUUUUACAUACAAUUGUUUGUAUAUUAUGUACAUUAAUAAACAAUGUGGAAAUA